GUGCGUUUCCGGAAGAGAGCGGAAGCAGGGAGUGGAUCAACCAAAACACAGCGCCGACCCGGUUUUCACUUUUAUUACUAUUAGCAAUUGUUCUGCCAUGGAGCUGUGUGAAAUACUGUACAACAAAGCCGAGUACAUUGAAACGGCGUCCGGGAACAAGGUGAGCCGGCAGUCCGUUCUGUGUGGGAGUCAGAACAUCGUGCUGAACGGCAAAACUAUCGUGAUGAAUGACUGCAUCAUCAGGGGGGACCUCGCUAACGUCCGGGUGGGGCGUCACUGUGUCAUCAAGAGCCGCAGUGUCAUCCGGCCACCUUUUAAGAAGUUCAGCAAAGGAGUGGCCUUCUUCCCCCUUCACAUCGGGGACCACGUGUUCAUCGAGGAGGACUGUGUGGUCAACGCAGCGCAGAUUGGGUCGUACGUCCACAUAGGCAAGAACUGCGUCAUCGGCCGGAGGUGCGUUCUCAAGGACUGCUGUAAGAUCAUGGACAACACCGUCCUGCCGCCCGAGAGCGUGGUGCCUCCGUUCACCGUGUUCUCUGGCUGCCCCGGCCUGUUCAUGGGAGAGCUGCCAGAGUGCACCCAGGAGCUCAUGAUCGAUGUCACCAAGAGCUACUACCAGAAGUUCCUCCCCCUCAGUCAGAUUUAACUUAUGAAAUGGACCAGUCCACAUGUUUCAGACCCUGUGCAUGAAGAGUGGAGGUAGCAGUGCCAGCCAGUAUGUGUUGGUAACACAGCUGAGAAACCCCUGGGACCCGACUGUGCCGCAGCAGAACCUUCACACGGCACUAGGCAAAGGAAAAAAAAACUCUUACACAAACAAGGGGAACUGAAUUAUUUAACGUCAGUACUUAUAGUUUGCAGAACCCAGUUUCUCCCUUAUCCUGUAAAUGCAACACUAAAUUAUAACUCCUGUGGCAGACCAGAUUUCUUGCAAAUAAAAAAAAACAGUAAAGGUC